UUACUUCGUUGGGGCGGCCACUUUGCUCUUCGGCUUCACCACUUCACCUUAGGUAGUCGAGAGAGCACAUAAUGCCUCCCCAGCACCAGAUCCUGCCAAGCGCAGAUGAGGCUGUAGUCGAAUCAACAUGUCAGAAGUACAAUCUGACUAAAGCAGAAUUCCGCGAGCUGCAUAGUCGUUGUGUUGCGGCUAAGUCGACGGCUUAUUGUCCGUACAGCCAGUUCCGAGUCGGCUCGGCUAUUAUCUCUGUCGACGGCGUCUAUUUCAACGGAGCUAAUGUCGAGAAUGCUUCGUACCCGGUCGGCACAUGCGCCGAGCGCGUGGCUUUCGGCAAGGCGGUGACUGAGGGACAUCGGAGAAUUAAAGCUGUGGCUGUAGCCACUGACAUAUCUCCCCCGGCUAGUCCGUGUGGGAUGUGUCGCCAGUUUAUUCGGGAAUUUUGCGAUCUUACGACCCCAAUUAUCAUGUUCGACAAGGACGACAACUUUUCAGUGUUCCGUCUUGAAGAGUUAUUACCUUUGUCUUUUGGACCUGAAGCACUCCCUCCACCAGGAUCACGCUCUGUUUGAGCCUAUAAUUAUUGUGUUUGGUGUGCGUUUCUGGCUGUAGCCUCGACGAUUGUGUUCUUAUAAAGUUUAGCCCAUCAAGAUUCGCGUGUUUCCAAGGAUCAUUGUGAUGGUCUACCUGAGGCUGCUGAGCUGGAUGGUAAAAUGCGGGGACCUGGGGUAGCGAGCUAUGCAUUAAAGGUUCAAUAUAAAUAUUCUGAUCCUUACUAGAUAGUAUAAAUUCUCUCAUGCAUCUCUG